AUGGAAGAGUAUAAUCAAUUUCUUCAAAAUGGAUCUCUUUCUCAUUUCCCUACCAAUGAGCUUCCAGAAAAUCACCACCUGAAUGAUGAUUCUGUGUUGACCAGUCAACAUGCAGAAAAUCAAAAUUCUCGUAACAACAUAGGAGAUGAUGAAAAUAACAAUCCCAUAUCCUUGCAUCAAUUGGAGGCUCAAUUGCAAAGCUUGAGAAUCGAUUCUACAUUGGAAGGACUACAUGGAAAUAGUACAAACCAGCAAACCCUAGUUGGAAACUCAAGGAUCAGACCAAGUCAAGUUAAUCAUGAAGUACCAUAUGGGCAUAAUAAUAAUAUUAUUAUUAUAAACCAUCAAAACCUAGCUAGAAACUCUGGGAUUGUUGGACCAAGCCAUCUUCAUGAAGGACAACUUCAAGGAAAUAAUAGAAGCCAACAAGUCCAAGUUCAGAACUUUGGGAUUGGACCAAGCCAUGAUGGCAACAGUAUGAGUCAGCAAACCCUAGCUAGAAACUUUGGUAUUGGAACAUGGCAUGGUUAUGAUUCUUCUACUCUUGGAAGAAUGUUGAUGAGACAGCAGAGAUAUAAUACCAUAACAUCACUAGAAGCCAUGAGGGGAAGGGUGGUUUCAAUGUCAAAAGAUGAAGAUGGGAGUGACUUUUUGGUGAGAUUGUUGGAUAGGGAGAACCCUGGAGAUAUUGAAUUCAUUUCAAGAGAGGUGAUAGAUCACUUACAUGAUCUAAUGAUGGAUCAAUUUGGAAGUCGUGUAAUUCAAAAGAUUUUUGAUGUACUCACUGUGGAUCAGACGACCUCCUUUUUUGAAUCAAUCACUAUCAAUUUGCUCAAGUUUCAAAUUGUUUGCACAAAUUGUAUCGGGAACUAUGUGGUGCAAUAUGUAAUUAAGAUGAGGAUGCCUGGACUUGAUGAAAAUAUAGUGAAUCAACUCAGAGGUCAAUAUGUUGACUUGUCAAUGGACAAGCAUGCUAGUAAUGUGGUGGAACAUCUAUUGCAAUUCUCAACUGAUAAUAAUGUUGCAAUUAUAGUUCAUGAGAUCAUGGCUAGCCCUAGAUUUUUGUAUCUUCUUCGAGACUCUUAUGGCAAUUAUGUUGCUCAGAGAUCCUUAGAAUGCUCUAAGGGACCUCUGUAUCAUAUAUUGGUGAACAGAAUUUUGCAACAUUAUAGAAAUCUAUGUACUGAUCAAUAUGGAAAAAAGGUUUUAGAAUUUAUGUAUGGCAGACGCAGAUUUCAUCCAAAAAUUUGA